GUCAAACCCAUCCCGCUUAGCUUACCGCGUUCACACCUUCACGCGCUUCCUUCGUCCUUUGCGUCUCUCUCUAUUUUUUUACAAACACAGACAAAUAAACCUUUUUCAUAUAUAUAUAUCGUCUGAAACCAAAACCAAAACCAUAAAACUCAAAAAUCUUUGGUCUUCAAACUUCAAACACUUGAGAAAAAAGCUUUUGAUUUCACAUCUUAAUCUAACAAGUCAAACACUUUUCAAACCACAAAAUUCGUCAAAGCUCUGAAACAAAUAAACAUUUUUUAAUUUCUCCCUUUUUAAUGGAAAUCUCUUCUUUCCCAUUUCCAUACCUACAAGACGACGAGUGUUCCCAUUUCCUUGGUCUAUUUCAAGACAUGGACUCUUCUCCUUCUACUUUCGGAUUAGAAGGUUUUAAUAGCAACGACAAUAAUACUAAUCAAAAGAAACGCCCAAGAAAAGACGACGAAGGCGGUGGUGGUGGCGGCGGAGGAACAGAAGUUCUAGGAGCUGUUAAUGGUAAUAAUAAGGCUGCUUUUGGAGAUAUACUCGCGACGCUUCUGUUGUUAGACGAGGAAGCUAAACAGCAACAAGAACAGUGGGAUUUUGAAUUUAUUAAAGAGAAGUCUUUACUUGAAGCUAAUCAUAAGAAGAAAGUGAAAACAAUGGAUGGUUAUUACAAUCAAAUGCAAGAUCAUUACUCUGCAGCUGGUGAAACCGAUGGUUCGCGUUCAAAACGCGCACGGAAAACCGCGGUUGCGGCUGUGGUUUCCGCGGUAGCUUCCGGGGCGGACACAACCGGUUUAGCUGCUCCGGUUCCGACCGCGGAUAUCGCUAGCGGUUCCGGGUCAGGACCGAGUCAUAGGAGGUUAUGGGUUAAAGAACGAACCACGGACUGGUGGGACAGAGUAAGCCGGCCUGAUUUUCCAGAAGACGAGUUUCGGCGAGAGUUCCGUAUGAGCAAAUCGACGUUUAACCUAAUAUGCGAGGAGCUAGAUACGACGGUGACGAAGAAAAACACGAUGUUAAGAGACGCGAUUCCAGCUCCAAAACGCGUAGGCGUUUGCGUUUGGCGUUUGGCGACAGGAGCUCCGCUUCGCCACGUGUCGGAGCGUUUCGGUCUGGGAAUCUCAACUUGCCACAAACUAGUCAUCGAAGUCUGCCGCGCGAUCUACGACGUUCUCAUGCCCAAGUAUCUCCUCUGGCCGUCGGAUUCAGAGAUAAACUCAACGAAAGCCAAAUUCGAAUCGGUCCACAAAAUACCAAACGUCGUCGGAUCAAUCUACACCACACAUAUUCCGAUCAUCGCUCCGAAAGUCCACGUGGCGGCGUAUUUUAACAAGAGACACACGGAGAGGAAUCAGAAGACGUCGUACUCGAUAACAGUACAAGGAGUGGUCAACGCCGACGGGAUCUUCACCGACGUUUGUAUCGGAAACCCAGGAUCUCUCACCGACGAUCAGAUCCUGGAGAAAUCUUCGCUUUCACGGCAAAGAGCGGCGCGUGGGAUGUUACGUGACAGCUGGAUAGUUGGAAACUCUGGGUUUCCGUUGACUGAUUAUCUUCUUGUACCGUACACGAGACAGAAUCUGACGUGGACGCAGCACGCGUUUAACGAGAGUAUCGGAGAGAUUCAGGGGAUUGCGACGGCUGCGUUUGAGAGGCUCAAAGGACGGUGGGCUUGUUUGCAGAAACGGACGGAGGUGAAGCUUCAGGAUCUGCCGUACGUGCUUGGAGCUUGUUGUGUGUUGCAUAACAUUUGUGAGAUGAGGAAGGAGGAGAUGUUGCCGGAGUUGAAGUUUGAGGUUUUUGAUGAUGUGGCGGUGCCGGAGAAUAAUAUCCGAUCUGCUAGUGCGGUUAAUACGAGGGAUCAUAUCUCUCACAAUCUCUUGCAUCGUGGACUUGCCGGGACAAGAACUCUAUAGGCUCUGUUUUUCACCUUUUCUUAUUUUGAAACUGAUUUUUUAUUGCAAAUUCUUUUUCCAAAUUAGGAAUAAAAACAUUUUAGGGAUUGGUUGGAUACAGAAAGAAUAGUUGAAUUGAGAGUAGAAGUGGCUGAUGAUAUUGUUUGUGUUACUUAUUAGCAUUGUGUAAUCUUUAGUUCAUGUAUUUUCUAUACAAAUUGAAUCUGAAACCUCUUAAGUAUAAGCUUCUUCUCUUUCGAUUUUUCACAAAAUUGGUCGACUAGAAAAAGAAGAAGCAAUUCCACUUUUAUUACAAGCUCAGGCUCAGACAGAAGUACAAGUGUACAACCAUGAAUAAAUGGAAGUUGUACUUAAUCUGUUUCGUUUGCAGGAUCUUCCUUAUCUAUUGAUGUGUUGAGCUCUUUGAGAAGGAAUGCAAAUUUGGAAGCAUGUUUUCCUUUGUCAUUCAUUAUUUGUGGGCUAAAUGAUACAAAGAGGAAAGCCAUAUGAACAUGUUAUUUACUGUCACAUGGCGCACACAGAGGAAAAGCCAUAUGAAAUACAACAUUUGAAUAUGAAACUUGUUGGAACUUUUUU